GGGGCCAGGGUUGCAGUGGAACGCGGGCAAAAUCAUAGACGAACCGGUUAACAUUUUGACUACGAACGAUCUCCUCUUUCUGCUACCACCACCACCACCACCGCCGCGGUGGCGUUCUGUUACGGCGGCGGUAAGUAACUCUCUCUGAUUCAUCUUCACCGUCCUACACAAAAAAAAAACGCUCUUAAUUUCUCUAUCAAUUAGAGUCAAUACAAGCAAGCAUCCGAAAUGCUAUUUCUCUACAAACCUCCGCGUUGAAUGCGUAUUUAGGAAUUUGAGUUUUUAUUCGCGACAAGAUGGCGUUGACGGAAAAGGAUGUCGGUGGAGGGAAAGAGAAGGGUGAGAUUGAAGAUAAUGGUUUACUGAAAACGGUUGAGUCGUCAUUAGGUGUUAGUAGUUCUUCAACAUGUGUUAGUUUGAUAGAGAAGAGUUACGACGGGAAAGAUGCACUUGGUUAUGCUAAUAUUUUACGAUCUAGAAGCAAAUUUGUGGAAGCUCUUGCUAUAUAUGAAAGUGUGCUUGAGAAAGACGAUAGAAAUGUUGAGGCUCAUAUUGGCAAAGGAAUUUGUUUGCAGAUGCAAAAUAUGGGAAAACAGGCUUUCGAGAGCUUUUCCGAAGCUGUUAAGUUAGAUCCACAGAACGCGUGUGCACUUACUCAUUGUGGUAUUUUGUAUAAAGACGAAGGUCGAUUAGUUGAGGCUGCUGAGUCAUACAAAAAGGCUCUAGAGAUAGAUCCAUCGUAUAAACCAGCAGCAGAAUGCCUGUCAAUUGUACUAACAGAUAUUGGAACGAGUUUAAAGCUUGCUGGUAACACUCAAGAGGGAAUUCAGAAGUAUUAUGAUGCUAUAAAGAUUGACCCUCAUUAUGCUCCUGCUUUUUACAACCUUGGAGUUGUAUAUUCUGAAUUGAUGCAAUAUGAUACGGCACUUAACUGCUAUGAAAAGGCUGCUUUGGAAAGACCUAUGUAUGCCGAAGCAUAUUGUAACAUGGGUGUGAUUUACAAGAACCGUGGAGAUCUUGAGUCAGCUAUUGCCUGCUAUGAGAGGUGUUUGGCGGUGUCACCCAACUUUGAGAUUGCUAAGAAUAACAUGGCAAUUGCCUUAACAGAUUUGGGUACAAAGGUGAAAUUGGAGGGAGAUAUUAACCAAGGUGUGGCAUAUUAUAAAAAAGCUCUGUACUAUAAUUGGCAUUAUGCGGAUGCCAUGUACAAUCUUGGAGUUGCUUAUGGGGAAAUGCUGAAGUUUGAAAUGGCAAUUGUGUUCUAUGAGCUUGCUUUCCACUUCAAUCCCCGUUGUGCAGAAGCAUGCAAUAAUCUUGGAGUUAUAUAUAAAGACCGAGACAACCUUGAUAAAGCUGUAGAAUGCUAUCAGUUGGCUUUGUCGAUUAAACCUAAUUUCUCUCAAUCGUUGAACAACCUUGGAGUAGUCUACACAGUGCAGGGUAAAAUGGAUGCUGCUGCUAGCAUGAUAGAGAAAGCAAUUGUGGCAAAUACCACUUAUGCAGAAGCUUACAAUAAUUUAGGAGUUCUGUACAGAGAUGCUGGAAGUAUAUCUUUGGCUGUUGAAGCAUAUGAACAGUGUCUUAAGAUUGACCCAGAUUCUCGCAACGCGGGCCAGAACCGAUUACUUGCGAUGAACUACAUUAAUGAGGGAACUGAUGAUAAAUUAUUUGAAGCUCACAGGGACUGGGGUCUGCGCUUCAUGAGAUUAUUUCCUCAAUAUACUUCAUGGGACAAUUCAAAAGAUCCAGAAAGACCGCUUGUUAUUGGAUACGUGUCUCCAGAUUAUUUUACACAUUCGGUAUCUUAUUUCAUUGAAGCACCCCUUAUCUAUCACGACUACGUUAACUAUAAGGUUGUUGUUUACUCAGCGGUUGUUAAGGCAGAUGCGAAAACUAAUAAGUUCAGAGAUAGAGUGUUGAAAGGAGGUGGCGUAUGGAGAGAUAUUUAUGGAAUUGACGAGAAAAAGGUUGCAGCCAUGGUUAGAGAAGAUAAAGUUGAUAUUUUGGUGGAACUUACGGGUCAUACUGCUAAUAACAAGUUGGGAAUGAUGGCUUGCCGCCCUGCACCUCUACAGGUGACUUGGAUUGGGUACCCGAAUACCACUGGUUUGCCUACCAUCGACUAUCGUAUCACUGAUGCACUGGCUGAUCCUCGUGAUACAAAGCAGAAGCAUGUUGAGGAUCUUGUUCGGCUGCCCGAUUGCUUUCUUUGUUAUACACCAUCUCCCGAGGCUGGCCCGGCAUCACCAGCACCCGCUCUUUCCAAUGGCUUUAUUACAUUUGGUAGUUUCAACAAUUUAGCAAAGAUAACACCAAAAGUGCUUCAAGUUUGGGCCAAAAUUUUAUGUGCAGUUCCAAACUCUAGGCUUAUUGUAAAAUGCAAGCCUUUCUGCUGCGAUAGUGUACGACAGAAAUUUCUAUCAACAUUGGAGCAGUUAGGUCUGGAACCACUUCGUGUUGAUCUUUUGCCCUUGAUUUUACUUAACCACGAUCACAUGCAAGCAUAUUCUCUUAUGGACAUCAGCUUGGAUACUUUCCCAUAUGCAGGAACUACAACCACAUGUGAAUCUCUUUAUAUGGGAGUUCCAUGUGUCACAAUGGGUGGUUCCGUACAUGCACAUAAUGUUGGUGUCAGUCUUUUAACUGCAGUUGGAUUAAAACACCUGAUUGCAAAAACCGAAGAUGAGUACAUUCGGUUGGCAAUACAACUGGCAUCUGACAUGACAGCACUCUCAAACCUAAGAGUGGAUCUAAGAAACCUCAUGUUGAAAUCUCCUUUGUGCAAUGGAUCCAGAUUUAUUACCGGGUUGGAGUCUGCUUAUCGGGACAUGUGGCGAGGGUAUUGUAAAGGUAACAUUCCCUCUUUAAAGCGGAUGGAAAUACUCCAAAAUCAGACACCUCAAGUUACAUCCUUACCCUCUAAAGAUGACCCGCUUGGCACAAUCAAGGAGAACGGGUUCAGUUUAAACCCUUCACAUUUGUUAACCGGUGAAGAAAACGGGAGUCAGUGUUCAAGCUCGGGUCAGUCAAAAACAGAGUCGUAAUAGUAUAAUACACAUUGAGGUAUACAUAAUUUCUAAAGUAGCGUAGACGGUUUUUGUGUUAUAAUUAAAGUGUUGAUGGAAGGAUGUUUCGGUUUAGAUUAGGACAGUGAAACAAGAUGGUGAAUUGUGUAGUGUUUUUUGGUCAAGAGUUAUAUAUGUAUAUAAAGCAUGUGUAAUCACACCAUUGUUUUACGUUUGGUCACAUUGUUAGCAUAGUGUGCCCACUGAUGUCAACGUGUCAACUUAGGUUAUGAUAUGUCC